CACCGCGGUGUGUGAUUUCCGGGUGGAAUGUCCCUUUGAGAAAACUUAAAAAGCUUGUUCACAGUCAGAAGAGCAGUGAGAGUUAGCUGGUCAAGCGCUUAGUGUUCCCGGGAGGUGCUCGGGACUGAACUAACGCACGGAAUAUAUCGGCAGAGUGAAAAGCUUGCGGUACAAUCUGUUCUAAUAGUAAAAAUCUUCUUUAAAAAUGAAUAAAAAAGGCAAUUCAGCAUUUUACUUGGGAAAUGACAUCAAGGAGGAUGACAUUUGCUAUGAGGACUAUCUGAUAAAGUCACCACCUGCGAGUAAAUUUGGAACACAGUCAUCAUGGAAAAAACGAUACUUCAUACUGGCAAAAUCAAAAGAAGAACAUGUUCUGAGUUACUUCAAAAACAAAGAAGUGAGCCGAAAGUCACUGCCACUGGGGGAGAUACGUAUAAGAAACAUUACAGAGUUAUGCAUAAGACCAGAUUACCAUUCCAAAUGGAAUACACUACAAAAACUUUUAAAAUGUUCUUCUGAGAAUGUUAUGCUUGUGAAGACUGAAGAAAGAGAAUACUUUUUUAUCGGAGAAGCAAAAUCCUUAGAACUACUGCACCAAGUAAUUGCAAGUCUGCGUCAGAUGAGUGAAAGCCAAAUCCAGAAUAAUUCCUGUGAACUUGUGAAUACCAAUCUGAAUCAACAAUCACAAUUUACACCACCAAAUGAAGCUGAUGAAAUCUAUGUCUCAAUACGUGAAGUUCUGCAGCAAGAGCAGGCACACAAACAACAAAGGGCCACAAGCAAUCCAGAACCAUUUGUUGAAUAUACUUUCACAGACGACUCAAAGUCCUAUUACGAUGUUCCCAGGAGUCUACUACUCAGGCUGUCACAGCCCACACCAGAACCAGCCAACAAAGAAAAGCUACGUAGUUAUUCACUGCCUACCCCACAGCUCCCAGCCCACUAUGAUGUACCCAGGAAGGUUAUAGCUGCUAACUGGAGAAGUAAGAAAGGGGAAUCGGCCGACUCAGGGAUCUAUGAGUCCAUGGCCACAAUUAAAGCCUGCCAUGAUUCGGUUUCAUCUAUCGACUCUCUUGGAUCUUCUGAUCAUAUACAUGAAAGCAGUUUUUUAAAUCUCAAGACAGCGAAUGACAUGUUUCCAGAUGGCUUCCUGGAUGAAAAUUGUCUUCAGUCACCACUCAAAGAAUCAAACAAGGGAAGACAACUUGCCAAAGAGGACUUGGAAACAUUGCUUAGCAAAAUUACAGAAGAAACCAAGCUGCUAAAAUUGAACAUAGCUGUUUGCCAACAGGACUUCAAAACCAAUCUUUCACUUUUAGAAGUGCAGGACAAAGUUUGUGUCACAUAUUCGGAUGAGAAGUGUGCAUUCAAACCUGGAGAUCAAAUUGUGGCAAUUAAUAAACUUCAGAUCCGGAAUGUGGGGGAACUGCGGAUGUUACUAAACAGGUCAAUGGAAGAGGAAGUGCUUGCCACCAUAUUGCGAAUGCCUGAUUCUCCAUCAGCCCACAAUGAAAAUAUGGAAAAGCUAAGGAAGGAAAUAAUAAAAGUUGUACAACGUGGUAAUUUACACAAAGAACCACCAACAAGCCAAUCACCAUGAAAAGCCAGAAAUAAUCAGCUUACGUUAUCCAGCAGACAUUCAUCAGUACUCAAUGAACUGGUAUACUCCUCUGAAUCUUAUGGAUCACUACUGAUUUAAUGAUGAACAUGUUUGCAACAUUUAGUUCUGGAAACAUUGGUCAUCCUUUCAUUCCUUGUGGUCUGAGUUCAUUGACACCUCUUGCAAGUUCUCCUUUGAAUGAUGUGUAACAUCUGGACUAUAUACUUUUGACGAAUCAGGAAUCUUUCUUUAACACUUUGUUGCAGUUUAUGCCCUUUACUUAAUAGAACAAAGGAGGUCGUGUUAAUAUCUGCUGUUCAUUUCUAAGACACUUUACAUCAUUAUAAGCAGGAGCAUCAUGCCUAAUUGCUCAACGUUUUUCCCUCCAACAGUAAUUACUCCUUGGCAAAUGUACAGUUAAUAGCCACUAUCCUUCAUAAAUGUUUUCCCAGGGUGUAGUUAAUAAAACGGUGUAUUUUCAUGUUGGAAUGUAGUACAGAUCUGACUUGGUAGUAAUGCGCAUUUGCUGCCCUAGAUCUGUUCCGAGAUGAUCUGACCUUGGUGCUGUUCUACCCAUCCAGAAUCAGAGUCACUUUAUUGCCAGUGUGUGAAACAAACUAGAAUUGAUAGUGGUUCGGUGCCAAGCAUAAAACACAGGACAAUACCAUAACAGGCAACACAAUAGCAACUGAUAGUGCAAACAGCCUCAAACGCCUCCUCAAUCUGGUCUUCCCAAAGAACUGUCAGUCCUGCCAUUCACCACCUGCUUUGAGGUUUCUGACAAUGACCUUGUCAGGCCUCGGCGAUGAUGGCAAAACCAUAACAGACAGCACAACAGCUAAUAGGACAAUAGUGCAAAUAGCCACAAGCAAUUGGCAAUUAGUGCAAAUGUCAAUCAAACUGAAGUAAGUGUGAAGAUAUGAACAAACUCAAUAACUAUCAACAGAACAAGGAGAGCAGGAAGGACCAUUUAAUGGAUGUUGUGGAGGGACAGCUAGAGUGAGUUUUAUUGAGAAGCUGGAUAGCUACAGGAAAGAAGCUACGGAGAUGACAUGCAGUCCUGGUGAUGGACUGGCAGCGUCUCCCUGAUAGCAAUUUGGUGAAUAGGUGACUGCCAGGGUGAUAGUGUGCAUCUAAUUGCUCUGUGAAAAUCCGCCAAAUCAAGGAAUUUAAUAAGCAGCAAAACUUAUUAGCUAACAACCCAAUCAUUAGUUUGGAAUUCUGCAUGUUUUCUGUGUCUUUCUGAAUCCAUGAUUAAAAUUGACAUUUAGGCCUAAAGCUGCCAUUUGUGUAAAUGACGUUGAAAGCCAUCUGCUGUCUCACAUAGAUAAUUAAAGUUCUCCUGGCAGUGUCUUUACCCAAUGUUGUUCAAACAAAUUAUCUGUUCAGCUUUGUUUUGCACAGUAUACCAAACUUUGCAAUUCACACACUGAGCACUGUAGCUUCCGACACCAAGAACGAAACAACAAAAGAACUUCACUUGUGGUGAAAUGCUGCAAGAUAUCCUGAUGUCCUUUUCAUUCUGCUAUAAAAAUGUGCUCACUGCCACUGUAUUCCAAUGCAAUAUUCUAAAAGUAUACAGGAAAUGUUAUAGAACAAACAACAUGCUAAGAGCACUAUUGAAAUCUUCAGCAAGAUUUGUUACUUUAAUUUGUGAUUUUAUAUACAUAGCAUGAUGCCUAUAGAAAAUAUGGUCAAUUGUAAUUGUCUCCUGCAAGUUGCACCAGGGUGUAAAUAUUGCAAUGAUGUAUAUAUGUAUAAUUGUUAUUUAGGCAUGCAGUCAGUGCAUGUUUAAAACAUUGGUUUUAUAUGAAGAUUAAAAAUUUGAAACUACAGUUUCAGAUCUUUAAUAUAAAUUGUAUUGGCAAAUUAAUCUAGUAUUAUGACAUGAUUUCUAUGGAUUGCAUUAUUUUCUAAAAGAAACACAAUGUCUGUAAUGGCACCUUGUAAAUAAUUGUAAUGUCAGAUCAUUGAGAGCUCCCUUAGAGUUCAGUGAUCAGUUGAGAUAUCAAUCAGAUAUUUCAAGAUUUAAUGGCAAUUCGUAUCUGACCUUCCUAAACUUGAAAUGUAACAUAGCGGUUGUUCAUUGAUGUACACUCCACAACGUUUGAGUACACAAUUGGUGAAAUUUAUGCUUUAUGCAGGGGUUCCCAACUGAGGUCUAUGGAGCCCUUGCUUGAUAGGAUUGGUCCAUGGCAUAACAAAGGUUGGGAACCCUGGCUUUAUGCUGCUUUGUGUCUUUAAAUGAGAUAAUUGAACACCAACAUCAUUGAAAAACAUGAACAGUCGAAGUUUUUGAAAAGGUACUAUGUUUAUCUUAAGACAGAUUGUGGCUCAAGUGAUGUGAGGCACUGUGCUGGAUAUAAUAUGUAACACAUUCUUUCCUCUGACUUUAAAAUUUCAUUUAGGGCAGAGACUAACACACCCUCCAGCAGUUAGAAGUGAGGCUUAACAAGUUUAAAAUCGGAGUUAGUUGAGCCGUUGUCUCAAUUAUGCCCUUUUAUCAUUUUUAUUUAUUCUGUAUUUUUUCUAGUGGCCUGAUUUAGAUGUCAAAAGAACCCCAACUGGCAUAGAUUAAUGUUGCUGUGACUUAUUGCAACUAGUGGGGUGCUGGUUUGUUGGGCUUUCCUGCUUACUCCACCACCAGGCGGGAUGAGUCUCCGUGUGACAAGUAUUCUUGCAGCUGAAUGCUUGGAGUUUGCUUUGCAGCUGAAGUAACAAGUCAUCAGCUGGAUGCUGGUAAUUAUAGCACAUUAACGCACGGCUGCUAAACCUUAAAGGCUCAAAGAUCAGGUCUUUCAUAGUACCUGCUGCUCACUAGAGAUUUUUAAUACUCUGUUCUACAGGUCUUAAUUUCACAAUUGCAUCCAUUGUUGAUAAUGUCACUGGUCAGGUGUAUGUUGCCAAAUCAUUGUCACUCCCUUUUUUUUUGCAUACUUUUAAUAUGUUAUACCAUUCAUGCAAGAAUACAGCAUGAAUGGCAUGAAUUCUUGUGAUUUUCGUUACAGAAUUACCAAGAAAGACAACUGAAGGAAGUAAAUCCAAAAAGAAUCUGCACUCUUUUUCAGUGUUGAGUUGUUUGUAGUUCUCCUAAUCUCCAGUAGAUGCCACAGUUAUUGCAUAUUGCAAAACAUGUAGUGUACGCAUAAUAUGAAUACUUUUAUACAAUAAAAACA